UUCAGAGGCCGGUCUUGCCGCCAGAUUAGGUCACGGGCGCGCCCUGAGACGGGCUGGUCACGGUGCCGAGUGGUUAGGAAGCCGGCCGUAAGGCGGCAGUCAUAGUCGGACGUGACGUGAAACUUGGCGUCCGACCGACGGGGCCACUCCUGAUGACGCCCCAGCUGGGGCAGGUGGACGCGGACGAGCAGGAGAAGGAGGAGGAUCAGGGAGAUGUCAACCCCUACCAGUCUGCGGCCGAUGCGAAGGCCAAGGUCAUACAGCUCCGGGACCGGGCGCUGGACCACUGGCACAAAGAUGAAUGGGAGUGCAUUAUGAACAUGUACACCAACGAGGGCUUCUUCGACACGCUGCUGUGUUGGAUCCGGCCCACGCGCGACUUUCUGUCGUUCCUGCACGCCGAGCUGCGGCGACUGCAGGUCACCCGCAUUGUCAGCGUCGGCUGUGGCUGCGGCUUCCUCGAGUGGCUCAUCAAGCGGGCCUGCAGCGGUAUCGAGGUGGUCGGGUACGAAGUGGACCGCGCCUGGUGGCAGGGCCGCUACGGCGUCAAGCCCUUCAUCGAGCACAUCUACAUCGACGAGGUGAAGACGCGCCACGUGCCGGAGGGUUCGGUACUCAUGACGUGCUACUUCCACAGCUGGGAGGGAUGGCGCCAGUACCUGGCCGAGUUCCGCGGCGACGUCGUCAUCGUCAUCGGGCCGCACACCAAUGACCACCUGACGUUCCCCGAGCCGCGCCACCUGCUGACUGACCCGCGCUUCGUGCUCGAGAGUCAGCGCGAGAUCGACGGCGGCGACAUAGUGGUGGUGAUGCGCCGCGACCCGGAGAUCUGGCCGGUGCCGCCACCGCCGCCCGUGCCGGCCAGCGGCCCCGAGCCGCUGCCCAGCGUCAAGCCGCCCGACGACAAGGCCGAGCAGGCCAAGCGAUACAGUGAGAUGCGCCGCUCGUUCGUCAUGGACCGCAUCUGCAACGCCAAGCAGCAUCCGAAGACGGCGCCGCCUGACCCGACCGUUCGCCAGGGCCCGGCGCUGCAGAGCACCUACAAGACGCGCAAGCCGUCGCUGGCCUUCAGCCUCGGCAGCUUCAGCGUGGCGUCGCGGCUGAAGUCGAUGGGCGGCAGUGAGCCGGCCGGCGGCAUGAAGCGCUCUGUCUCGGCCAGCGCGCGCCUCGAGACGGUCGGCCUCAGCUCCGAGUCGAAGCCGCGCCGUAAGCGCUCGAGCCGCUCGGUGCCCUCGCUGGCGCCACUCUCCGAGCGCACAGAGGACGAGCAGGUGUGGCAGCGCUGCGAGAACGAGCAGCGGCGACCGAGCGCUGAGCAGGGACAGCUGGACAGCGAGAUGGGCCGGGGACGGCGCGGCUCCAACCUCAGGGAGUCGAGCGACCAGCACCGGCGAAACUCAUUGCGCAGGGACAGCGGCGCGAGCAGCAGGCACGAGGAGAACGGGCAGAGCGCGGAGCAGACGCUACGCCGACGAAACUCCGCUCACAAAGCCAUCCGCCAGCAGCCCAAACGCGAGCAGGACGAACCGAACAGAGAACACGCCCGGAGGCCGGACGCUCAGUCGGAGCUGCGCGCGACCAAGCAUGAGCCACGCCGUAGCCGGGCCGCCGCCGCUCGGCCGUCGUCGCCGCCGCUUGUGACCGUCACGGACCUGAGCAGCGAGCGCCGACGUAGCCUGCGCGGCCCUGGCUGGCCCCUGAGACCGGACGGCUCGCCCUCCCGGUGA